AUGGGAUGUUCGGACGGUGACAGCGCGUGGCUAGCAGGCGGCAGGCUGGGCUCGCAAGCGGCUAACUUGAUGCUGCUGCAGGGUGAGGCUCGGGAGAGGCAGGGGUCCGCUAUGGAGGAGGACUGCUCCGCGCGGCCCUGCGCCACCGACUUCUCUAUCGCCGCUAUCAUGGCUAGAGAUAGACAAGAGAGGCGGGAGAGACGAAGACACAGAGACCCCAGGGAAGACACGCUGAUGCCUUUAGAAAAAUUCGUGGAUGCAACAGCGUCAGCAUCAGGCUCUCCGUCACCGCCUCUCGCGGAGUAUGAGCGAGACUCUCCAGUUGAUGUUUCUUCAACGUCGGAAGCAGGAUCGGCUAGUGGAGCCCCCAGUGGCUCCAGGCCUAUGUCGCCACCUCCAAGGAACCCUCAACUAGUAGAGCGAUGGUCCAGUGAAGAAAUGCGGCAUAUACAGUGCCACCUGGAAACUAAGGAGCUAUGGGACAAGUUUAAUGAAUUAGGAACAGAAAUGAUCAUUACCAAGACUGGAAGAGGCGAUAAGGUAGGUGGCACAGUGCACGGGAGCGGCGGAGCGAGGCGUGUCGGUCGCGGCGCGGUGUCGAACAAUGGGCAAUCGACCGCCACCGCGCCGCACCGCGUCAUACUGACUGCGCCCGAGCGCUACUCGUACGUAAAACAAUCAAUGCAUUCCGAAUCAAAAAUGUUACGAUACCAAAAUCACGACUGUCAAUCAAAAUGA